GGGUUGGCGUUGCGGUGGCGUUUCCAAUCGGGGGAGCUUCGGUUUCCUAGUCGUCCGCGGAGCCCGAGCAGCCGAACCCCUUCCCUGUCUCUCACGCUCCUGGCAUCGGCGGUUUUCCUUCUUCGGUUGAACCCUGCUUCUCGACCCCCCCUGGGAGGCCGCCUUCUUCAGGCGCCUCCCUUCUCUCCACGAACUCGCUCUGACAGCUGAGGAACUGGCAAGAUCCAGCUACCCGGAGGGUGAAUGGGUGUCUUUCUCGGAAUCAUCCUAAUUUUACUAAGGGUGAAGUUUGCUGCGGCGGCCGUGAUUGUAAACGGACACCAGAAAAGUCCCACUGGAAGCCAUGAAAUGUCUGGUCUGAAUUGGAAACCCUUUGUAUAUGGCGGCCUUGCCUCUAUCGUUGCUGAGUUUGGCACUUUCCCCAUGGACCUCACGAAGACAAGACUUCAAGUGCAAGGCCAAAGCAUCGAUGUCCGCUUCAAAGAGAUCAAAUACAGAGGGAUGUUUCAUGCCUUAUUCCGCAUUUACAAAGAAGAAGGUGUACUGGCACUAUAUUCCGGAAUUGCUCCUGCUUUGCUAAGACAGGCAUCAUAUGGCACCAUUAAAAUUGGCAUCUACCAAAGCUUGAAACGAUUAUUUGUAGAACGUUUGGAAGAUGAAACGCUUCUAAUUAAUAUGAUCUGUGGGGUAGUGUCAGGAGUGAUAUCUUCCACUAUAGCUAACCCCACCGAUGUGCUGAAGAUUCGCAUGCAGGCUCAAGGGAGCUUGUUCCAAGGGAGCAUGAUUGGCAGCUUCAUCGACAUAUACCAACAGGAAGGGACCCGGGGCCUGUGGCGGGGUGUGGUCCCAACGGCACAGCGUGCGGCCAUCGUUGUGGGAGUAGAACUUCCCGUCUAUGAUAUUACCAAAAAGCAUUUAAUAUUGUCAGGGAUGAUGGGAGAUACAAUUUUAACUCACUUUGUUUCCAGCUUUACGUGUGGCCUGGCUGGGGCUCUGGCCUCCAAUCCAGUCGAUGUGGUAAGAACUCGCAUGAUGAACCAGAGGGCGAUUGUGGGGCACGUAGACCUCUACAAAGGCACUUUGGAUGGGAUUUUAAAGAUGUGGAAGCACGAGGGCUUUUUUGCACUCUAUAAAGGAUUUUGGCCAAACUGGCUUCGACUUGGACCCUGGAACAUCAUCUUUUUUAUUACAUAUGAGCAGCUAAAGAGGCUUCAAAUCUAGGCACUGAAUUAUAUGCGAGCCCAGCCCUGCUCAUCUUUAUACUUUCCACCCCUCUCCCCCCACCCUUUUCCUCCCUGUCUUCUACUGUAUUUUGAAAAUGUUUUAAGUGUUUGCUGAACCUGUGGUCCUCCACCCCAACCCACCCCAGGCUUCCUGACUGAAAAGCAGUAUAGGGGCUCCAGAUGCUUUUGUGUUUCUGUGACCAUGUUAACUUUUCCCAGAGAGGAAGUGUUAACGUUGAGACUCUGGCCCCAGAUUGGUAUCUUCUGUGAAGAUGGAUACGGAUGGAUACUUUUCAAGAUGGUCGUCUUUCAACUGGGUGGGAGCCCCAACUGUGGGCUAGAGCAGAAGGCAUAGGCGAGGGCAGUUACAGCUGUGAAUGUUUCAGAUCUUGGUUCUCAUUAAAGUAUUUAUUGGCAAAAUUA